AAGUCUUCCUCCCCUGUCUGUCUUCUCACGACCUACAAAACCCUCAGUAUCUAUCCAAGAACUACCCUUUCUCUCUCUAAAUUCAGAACUUGGUUUGGCCGUCAAUGUCGGCCUCAGAGAACGCCAAAGGAUCGUCCCUGCGACAUGCUUUUGGGAAUGUCCUUGCACUCUUCAUUCUCCUCCUGAUCGGAGUUCUCGCAUUCUCGAUCCGCCUUUUCUCAGUCAUAAAGUACGAGAGUGUGAUUCACGAGUUCGAUCCUUAUUUCAAUUACAGAGUCACUCAGUUUCUCACAAAAAAUGGAAUAUAUGAUUUCUGGAAUUGGUUUGAUGACCGGACCUGGUAUCCUCUUGGGCGAGUGAUUGGUGGAACUGUUUACCCUGGAUUGACAUUGACAGCAGGCACAUUAUGGCGGAUACUUAAUUCUUUGAAUAUUCCUCUAUCCGUGGAAACUGUUUGCGUAUUUACUGCUCCUAUAUUCUCUGCUAAUGCUGCAUGGGCGACCUACCUUCUGACAAAGGAAGUUAAGGGCACUGGUGCUGGACUGACUGCAGCAGCUCUUUUGGCCAUGGUUCCAUCCUACAUAUCUCGAUCUGUGGCUGGCAGCUAUGACAAUGAAGCUGUGGCUAUUUUUGCUUUGAUCUUCACUUUUUAUCUAUACAUAAAGACGCUGAACACAGGAUCCCUCUUUUAUGCGACUUUAAAUGCCAUAUCAUACUUUUACAUGGUUUGCUCUUGGGGAGGGUAUACCUUUAUUAUUAAUCUCAUUCCAAUGCACGUGCUUCUGUGUAUUGUAACCGGUCGUUAUUCUUCCCGGCUGUACAUUGCAUACGCUCCAUUUGUUGUCUUGGGAACAUUGUUAGCCUCAUUGGUGCCUGUUGUUGGGUUUAAUGCUGUCAUGACAUCAGAACAUUUUGCAUCGUUUUUGGUUUUCAUUAUCCUCCAUGUGGUGGCUCUCGUGUAUUAUAUUAAAGGGAUUCUCUCUCCAAAAAUGUUUAAAGUAGCUGUCACACUUGUUCUAUCUAUUGGCCUGGUAGUAUGUUGUGCUGUGGUAGCAGUACUUGUAGCAUUGGUAGCUUCUAGCCCAACAAAGGGAUGGAGUGGGCGAAGUCUGAGCCUUCUUGAUCCAACUUAUGCUAGCAAGUACAUACCAAUUAUUGCCAGUGUUAGUGAACAUCAACCGCCUACUUGGCCAUCUUACUUUAUGGACAUUAAUGUUUUAGCAUUCUUGGUUCCAGCUGGCAUUAUUUCAUGCUUUCUGCCGCUAUCUGAUGCAAGUGCCUUUGUGGUCCUUUACAUUGUUACAUCAGUAUAUUUUUCUGGAGUCAUGGUGCGCUUAAUGCUUGUAUUUGCUCCAGCGGCAUGCAUAACCUCUGGAAUUGCUCUUUCUGAAGCUUUUGAUGUUUUUACUCGAUCAAUCAAAACUCAGUUACCAGGAAUAUCAGAAAAUCCCCAGGUUGAUGCAGGGGAUACUUCUGGUAGUGUUGUUACACAAAAUGAUGUGGUGAAGACUGAUAAAAAUGAAGAUCCUAUAAAGGAACGACCUUCGAGAAAGCAUAAGAAAAAGGAAAAAGAGACUGUAGAAAAGGCUUCGAUUAAGUCUCACAUUCAGAAGAGGCUUCUGGUUUUACCUCUGGAGACAUCAGUCAUUGCUAUUUUCUUACUUGUGUUGCUAGGUGCCUUCUAUGUGGUUCAUUGUGUCUGGGCAGCAGCAGAAGCUUAUUCAGCCCCUUCUAUUGUUCUUACAUCUCAAUCUCAUGAUGGUCUUCAUGUUUUUGAUGAUUUUAGAGAGGCUUAUUCAUGGCUGAGCCACAAUACUGAGGUGGAUGAUAAGGUUGCAUCUUGGUGGGACUAUGGAUACCAAACAACUGCUAUGGCUAACCGCACUGUCAUUGUUGACAAUAAUACCUGGAAUAAUACACAUAUCGCAACUGUUGGCACUGCCAUGUCUUCUCCAGAGAAGGCAGCUUGGGAAAUUUUUCACUCGUUGGAUGUAAAAUAUGUUCUUGUCGUCUUUGGAGGUCUUGUUGGUUACCCCAGUGACGAUAUUAAUAAGUUCCUGUGGAUGGUUCGUAUAGGAGGGGGUGUAUUCCCUCACAUCAAGGAACCUGACUAUCUGAGAGAUGGUCAAUACCGGAUUGAUUCUCAGGCCACACCAACUAUGCUAAAUUGCCUCAUGUACAAACUCUCGUAUUUCAGAUUUGUGGAGACGGAUGGUAAGGGGUUUGAUAGAGUAAGACGGACAGAGAUUGGGAAGAAAUAUUUUAAACUUACCCAUUUUGAGGAGGUAUUCACGACUCAUCAUUGGAUGGUUCGGAUAUACAAACUAAAACCUCAAAAGAACAGGAUCAAGGGAAAGACGAAGAAAUCUAAAUCGAAAACUGGCUCCACUACCACCUCAAAAAGAAGCGGAAACAGAAAGAAGAAUCCUUGGCACUAAAAAGCCUUUUCUUAUGGGCAUUUAUCUCAUGUCAGUUAUUUGUAUUACAUAUAUAUUUGUUGUAUGCACGAGACUCUUGAGAGGGAUUUUGCCGGCGAAGUUGAACAUUUUCUUUCCGGAAAUGAAAAUGAUCAAAGAUUUUGCAGUCUACUCUGACCUUAUACUUUGUCUGCUACUCUUAAUAGUUCAUAGUUCUAGGAAUAGCAAAAUUAAUCAAUUUUGGACCAGUUAUUUGGCUGUUAUAGACUUUUCAAGUGUACUUUUUCAGUCUAUCAGGGAUAGCUUCAGCCUUAAGUAAUAAAUAAAUUAUAAUUCAUGUUUGUA